ACAGCAUCAACCUCUUCGUCACUAUCGACCGUUACGCCUCGCCAUCAAACUCACAACACAUUCUCACUCGUAUAUUCACUCAUAUUCACACUCAUCCUUCUAUUCGACCUCACAUCGCACUCAUAUUCACGAACCGCCUUUUGAAUACGUACAUCACCGCUCAAAAUAUCCAUGCUCACAAUGGACACCGCUACCGAAUACCAGACCGCCGAGCGGUUCCACGGCAUAUUCAAGCCGACCGAGUCUCCCCAGUGGACCAAGCCGUACAACCAUCUUCCUGUGAGCUCCUCCUCUCCAUCACACUCGAGUGUGACGUCGCACCAAAGCAGGUAUUAAUGACUUUUCAUUUUCAGCUCCUUGUCAAGGAUGGCUUCAACCUCUCGACCCUCUUCGCCAUCGGCGCCUGGAUGCAGUGCCUCCUCUUCCUCAUCUUGCCCGCCAAAUACGCCAUCAUCCCGGCCUUGGCCAUGGGCCUCAGCUCCAUCGUCUCGACCAUUCUCGAUACUCGCUCCGAGAAGUCCAACCCCUUCAUGAAGGGCGUCGUCCGCGGUCGCACCAGCGCCCAAUUCCCUGAUACCUCCACCGGCGCCAUCCCAGCUGUUGCUGCCUCCCAGUCCCUUGUCGUCUUCCACCUCGGCGUCCGAUUCAACCAUCCCAUGGGCCUCCUCUGCCCCGGUGGUCGCGAAAUCGGCCAACACUUCAGAGAUAUGAACAAGGACCUUGCCCAGCGCGCCUCCGAGUACGGCCUCUACCACAUCUCCAACUGGCUCGGCGCCGACGGCCCGCGCAACAAUUCCCUGCUCAACAUAUACUACUUCCGCGACGUCGAGGGCCUCAACAAGUUCGCUCACGACCCCAUCCACCGCAAGGGCUGGGACUGGUACAACGCCAUCAAGCAGCAAUACAACCACAUUGGCAUCUACCACGAGAGCUUCGUCACCAACGCCGGUCAGUACGAGACCAUCUACGGCAACAUGAAGCCUCUUCUUCUUGGUGCCGCCAGCGUUGAGUGCCAGAACGAGGAGUCCAAGGAUAAGGUCUGGGUCAACACGCUCGUCGAUGCCAACGUCGGUCCCCUUCGCGGCAUGAUGCGCCGCAUGGGCAAGAGAGAUGCCCCUCUCGCACACUAUGCCUAGUCUUUAGGUCUUGUGUCUUCUUCUUUGUCUUCCCCCCCAAGGCGAGUAUUGGAACUGGUGUUCCGACGCUUGUUUGUCUGACUCAAGGGUAGCAUUGGGUGGUGUUUGGCGUUUGGCUAGGACCUAGGUUACAUUCGU